UUGUGGGAACUUUCUGUUUUGGACUGUGGACAAGGUUUAGCAUGCAGACAUAUAUACUCCUCAUCUGCUGCUUACUCACUGGUGUUCAUCCUGUGAUCAGGGUGACUGGAUAUGUAGGUAAAUCAGCAGUGAUCAGAUGCCCCUAUGAUAGAGGAUAUGAGGGAUACUCCAAGUACCUCUGCAGAGGAGAGUGUCCUAGCUACGGACACAGAGACAUCCCUGUAUGGACAAGAGAAGGCCAGACCAAAGCAGUCAAUGGACGAUUCUCUCUGCAUGACGACAACACUGCUAAAGUCUUCACUGUAAAUAUCACUGGAUUGACAGCAGAGGAUUCUAGGAAAUACUGGUGUGGUGUUGAAAGAAGUUUUAUAAAAGGUGACCUGUACAAUGAGGUUUACUUAAAAGUUAUAAAAGAUAUGUCACCUGUAGUGACCCCUGCAACAGAUGCCUAUCAGACAACUCAAAUGACCAAGAUUUCAGUUCCAACCAGCAUAUAUGAGGCAGCAACUAUCCCCAAAACAGAUGUCUAUCAGACAACCCAAAUGACCAAGAGUCCUGAGCCCAUCAGCAAUAUUGGUCUGUACAUUCCUGUAGGACUGGGUUUUGUCUUACUAAUCACAGGGCUCAUCUGCCUUUAUGUGAAGUACAGACAUUGUAAAACACCUCAUCCAGAUCCACCAUCAUGCAAAACAAGGAGGACAUAUAAAACAGUGGCUGAUGGUCAUACUGUAAGUGAACAUGAUGGAGUCUACGCUAAUGUAGAAUCCACCAGGAAACAGCAAGGCAGCAUAUAUCAGAACAUCCAACUUGGAUCAAAGGGUGUGCACCAUACUCAGGAUACAUAAUGUGUCUGCAUGUCUACCUACCUACAGUACCUAUCUAUCUAUCUAUCUAUCUAUCUAUCUAUCUAUCUAUCU